AAGCUAUCUAUAUAUGAACGGGGCUCUACAUGAGAUCCUCCUGCACUCGCAACGGCACUACUGGAACUUCACAUCUUUAUUUCACUUCGGCUUACUUGACGAAUUGAAGAGGUCGGGCUGCGCAUGAGAACAAGCGAUUUACUAGGCUAUUAGAUUAAAUAUAACCGAAAAUCGAAACAAGCAAGCCAUCAAAUCAACGAAGAACCGUCCGUAACCCGUUAGUUGUUUAGGAAGGGAAAGUUCCAUCUUCAUCUCCAGACUAACGCAUUCCACGACUGCAGUCAUGACUGAGAACAUUCGUAUCAACAAUCCCAAUGUGAAGUACACAGACACACACAUCGAGGCUCAGUACAGCUACCACACUACAGCUGUACGCAGGGAUGAAGACACACUCAUAGUGACCCCGUCCGUUAGUGAGCUGGCGUUCCGUACUGAGCGACGUGUCCCCAGGCUGGGGGUGAUGCUAGUUGGCUGGGGAGGAAACAAUGGGACCACCGUCACCGCUGCUGUCCUGGCCAACAGACUGGGACUCACCUGGAGAACCAAAACUGGAGAACAGAAAGCCAACUACUACGGUUCCCUCUUCCAGUCCUCAACGGUGUGUUUGGGGGCGGGGCCAGAUGGAAAGGAAGUUAACGUUCCGUUCCGUGACCUCCUACCCAUGGUGCACCCUGAUGAUAUCGUCUUUGAUGGCUGGGACAUCUCGUCCAUGGAUCUGGGCAGUGCGAUGGAGAGAGCCGAGGUCCUUGAUUGGUCCCUCCAGGAGAAGCUCCGCCCACACAUGAGCCACCUCCGACCCCGGGCCUCCAUCUAUUUCCCGGAAUUCAUAGCUGCCAACCAGGCGGGCCGAGCGGACAACGUUCUGACAGGGACCAUGGCCGAACAGGUGGAGCAGAUCAGAGCAGACAUUCAGGACUUCAAGCAUUCAAGUGGCGUGGACAAGGUCAUCGUUUUGUGGACGGCCAACACCGAACGUUUCUGUGACCUCACAGCCGGGGUCAACGACACGGCCAAGAAUCUCCUGGCUGCCAUACAGUCAGGUGGGGAGGUGUCUCCCUCUACUUUGUUUGCCGUAGCCAGUAUCCUGGAGGGCUGUGCCUACAUCAACGGUUCUCCCCAGAACACGUUUGUCCCUGGGGCCAUAGAGCUGGCUGUGGAGAGAAACGUGUUCAUAGCAGGAGACGACUUCAAGUCUGGUCAGACAAAGAUCAAGUCAGUCCUGGUCGACUUCCUGAUCAGUGCUGGGAUCAAGCCCACCUCCAUUGUCAGCUACAAUCACCUUGGCAACAAUGAUGGUAUGAACCUCUCAGCACCACAGCAGUUCCGCUCCAAGGAGAUCUCCAAGAGCAAUGUGGUUGAUGACAUGGUCAACUCCAACCCUAUACUGUACCGCAAAGGGGAGAAACCUGACCACUGUGUGGUGAUUAAGUAUGUGCCGUAUGUGGGGGACAGUAAGAGGGCGAUGGAUGAAUACACCUCUGAGAUCAUGAUGGGAGGAACCAACACUAUCGCAAUGCACAACACCUGUGAGGACUCUCUGCUAGCCAGCCCUAUCAUCCUGGACCUGGUCCUCCUCACAGAGUUGUGUCAGCGUGUGUGUGUCCGGCCCCAGGGAUCAGAGACCUUCCAGUCCUUCCACAGUGUCCUGGCUAUCCUCUCCUUCCUGUGUAAAGCUCCCCUCAUCCCCCCUGGGGCCCCGCUGGUCAACGCCUUCUUCAGACAGAGAGCCUGCAUCGAGAACAUCAUGAGAGCGUGCCUUGGUCUCCCCCCUCAGAACCACAUGCACCUGGAGCACAAGCUGCAGAGGGGCUUCCUGCCUCGCCACGACAACCGUAUUUACGAAGAUGUGGCUACCAAGACCAAGAUGGUCCUAAGCAACGGUUACCACGCCUCCCAACAGAAUGGUGUCUGCACACACGUGGUGAAAGAGGCAACGAUUGGAUAAUGGCUGCAGAUUAGGUCUCUGUCAUCAUGGGGAAGAUUCUAGAAGUGUCCACAGCCAUAGAGAAACAAUUACAUCCAUAGUUUAGUUUACUAACUGUAAGUCGCUCUGGAUAAGAGCAUCUGCUAAAUGACUAAAAUGUAAAUGUAUUAGGAUCCCCAUUAGCUGUUGCACAUGCAGCAGCUACUCUUCCUGGGGUCCACAUAAAACAUAAAAUACAUGAUAGAGCACAGAACAGUUAUGGACAAGAACAACCUAAGAUAUUAUUACAUUAAAAUGUAAAGUAACAUAUUGUAGAGGCACCAAGAGAUAACAAUGUUUUACUAUUUACAUACUAUUCAUAUAUACAUAUUCAGAUACUUAUAUACAGUGCAGUUAAAUUAGAUCCAUAGAAAGUUAACCAAACUCUUUAUACAGCAUACUGUAUGAUGAUCAUGUUUUAUUUAGCCUAUUUGUGUAAGAUACAUACAGUAGGGAAGAAAAAAAAAACUAUAGUUGGCUCUAACGAUUGUAACUUUUGGAUGACCAGUUUAAUAUUCUGUGGUUUUAGACUCUUAUUGCUCAUAUACAUACAAACUGAACCAAACUCUGUUCUUGUAUUUGUUCCAAUGACAUGUAACAUGCAAUGUUACCCUACCAUCCCCUACCAUACCCUACCAUACCCUACCAUCCCUACCCUGAUUGGAGUAAACUAACGGACAACACUACUUAUACUGCUACGUACAGCUAUUUUCGCUCACAUCUACGGUACCUGUAUUUAAACAAUUAUACAUAUAUUCCUAAUUUCCUCUUUCUGUAAGUGCUGGAUUUUCACCCACAGUGGCCAAUCCGCCAUUCAUUCUGACCUUAACUCCAACCCUCCAAUGUCCACAGGUUAACUAAUCUUUCCCAGUAUAACACCAUUUUGCUAUUUCGUUUUGCAGUACAUCCCUCCAUUUUACUAUCAUGUCUUAUGAGUGUCCUGAACCUCCCUAUUUGUAACAUUUCUAACGAUAUUGCCCCAAAAAUAAAUACUUUACCUGAGAGUAUAAAUUAUA